AUGAGACGUUCUCAAACCAAUCGUCAUUGUCACGGGAGGACCAAUCACAGGAUAGAGUCACGGGUGGUUCUGGAGCGGGUUCUGGGCAUCACCACCUCUAACGGCAGUGGGCUGGCCUGUGACCCCAACACUGGCCUGGUGGCCUACCCAGCUGGGUGUGUUGUUGUAAUCCUGCACCCAAAGAAAAAUAAACAGACCCACAUCCUCAAUACUUCAAGAAAAACCUUCACUGCCUUGGCCUUCUCUCAGGAUGGAAAGUAUUUGGUCACUGGUGAGAGUGGUCACAUGCCCUGUGUGCGGGUUUGGGACGUGGCUGAGCAGGCCCAGGUGGCAGAGGUACAGUGCCAUAAGUACGGGGUGGCCUGUGUGGCCUUCUCAACCAACAGCAGCUACAUCGUGUCCGUAGGCUACCAGCACGACAUGACCGUCAGCGUCUGGGAGUGGAGGAAGGGGACGGUGAUAGCGUCCAACAAGGUGUCUAGCAGAGUUCUGUCCGUCUCCUUCUCUGAAGACAACAGCUACUUCGUCACGGCAGGAAACCGACACGUCAAGUUCUGGUACCUCGACGCCUCUAAAGAGAGACGGGUGAACAGCACGGUGCCUCUGAUUGGCCGAUCAGGAUUGCUAGGAGAACAGAGGAACAGCAUGUUCUGUGGUCUGUCGUGUGGGCGGGGCAACAUGGCCAGCAGCACCUAUUGCAUCACUUCCUCUGGCCUGCUGUGUCAGUUCAACAGCAGGAGGAUGCUUGACGCCUGGGUGGACCUCAAG